GUAUGUGUACGGUUAGCAGACGCGUAUUCUAUGCCGAUAACGCCGGUACUCGUAAAGUGAAGCAAAACAGUGAGAAUAAAUUACUUUAAAAAGAAAUUACGUGUAUGUGUAUAAACAUGAACUUUUGACAAAGGAUUUCUUUGGAUUUUAAUUUUUUUUCAUUCAAGUGCAUUUCGAUCGGGAAAGUGAUCAGGAUGUCGAAUUUUCAACGAACAAGAAGUAAGGUGUGGUGGGGUGAUUCACCACCGACCGUCAGCAGUCCUGUGGCUGAACCUGCUUGGAGUCCAAAUAACCGAGCAGAUCAAAAUUGGGAGCCUCAAUUGCCGCACUGGAUCGCUAACCAACCCGAACAAAGAAACAACAGCGUUGAUAACAUAGCAAGAGCGAACAAUGCUCCCAACCAAUGGCCGUUACGUCACGGCAGUCCUGGCAGUCACAAAAGCCAAGACUCCGGAUUCUCCGAUUCUGAUAGUUCUCCGCCAGUUUCACAGUAUUAUUCAUCACCGGAUAACUCUGACAGAAAUAAGUCAUCUGGUAGUAAUGAUUCGAAUAAUAAUGAAAACAUCACUGUUAAGCAAGCUAUAGAUUUUGAGAGUAAAGAUGUUACUGACAGUCCAAACACAAAUAGUCCUGUGACGCCAACACCGAAACCUCGCUUACGCAGUAGCAGUGUUAUACAGACUCCAUAUGAUCUCCAAAAAUAUUGCGAAGUACAUCACGAUAAGGAGCACUUGGAACUUUUAAAAGAUAAUAACAAUGACGAAAUAAGUAAGUAUCCUUCUCCAAAGAAUAUGAAUAGCCCGUUGCCGGAUGAUAACAGAAAUAAAAGUAGUGACAUAAUUCUUUGUCCUAAAUCUACUAACAAUAUUAGUAAUAAAGAAAAUAAUUUAAAUACAAGUGCAAUAGAAAAAGAUACCAAAGAUAUAUCUGUAAUUAAUAAGAACUUAAAUGUAUUAAGCCCCUCAAAAAAGUACCCUCCGAAAAAGUUUGUUUCUAGUACGGAUAGCACUAAAAUCAGCAAAGUAGCGAAAGUGAAGGACUUAGAAACAAGUAAAAAUAAAUCAGAUGAUAGCUUGGAAUAUAUCAAAUUGGCUCACAAUAAUGAAAUAGCAGUUAAUAAUCAACCAAGAAAUAGAACACCUAUUUCUAAUGUCUCUUAUGUACCUACUGAAAGAAUUAUAGCCGUCAAACCUGAAUACAGGCGAAGUAUGUCAAAUGAGGAUGAAUCACCAAUCUGUACAACACCCAAAUUUCAGAGAAACAGAUUAAAUCAAUCAUUAAACUUUGAAGCACAGAGGCUAGAUCAACAAAUAUUAGACAUUCACGAAGGAUAUCAUUCUUUAGGAUAUAUAGAUGAGAAUGAUUUACAGGAAGAAAAGAAGAAGUAUCCAAAAGAACAAAUGCAUAAACCCACGAAAGCCAUACUAGCCAAGAAUAUAUUGGAUAGCUUGCAUUUAAAGCCAACAAAGAAAGCUGGGCCCAAAGCCAAACAAAGAAUGGCAGCCAAAGAAAAGACAAAAGAUCUUUUAAGGAUAUUUCCAUCUAAAAAAGGUAAAACUGAAAUAGCAGAAAAUCAAGCUGGUGGUAUCCUAGAUGGAAGUCGGGUACCAGCCCUUGGCCUACCCAGAACAAUAGACCAAAACUCAUGGGUGAUCGUAGGCCACCCACAAAAAGAAAUGCUGAUACCUCACUACAAUGAAAGGCUAAUUGGUACUGAAAGUGAAUUACAAGCUAACAAAGACAAAUCAAGCAGUGACGAGAGUCUCAAAUUUAGAAAGGUCACACCACCGCUGGAGUUCCAAGAUAAGCAAAAGACACCGUAUGAGACAAACACGAAAAUCAAUAAAAGUUUAACGCAUGAUACUAAACGAGAAAAAUUAAAAGAUGAAGAGAUGAAUUUUGCCGAUUUACAACUAGACUUAGCUUGUACCUCCACACCAAAAAUGUUGGCGCCUCAAGACUACAUGAACGGCGCCCAAAGCGGUUCCAAAAAUGUGAGACGCGUGAACCUAUUAGAGAACAUCAAUAGCAGCGGGCUUGUAUUGAAUAAUCAAAACGAGAUACUAUAUAGAGAAAGGAGUAUAGACCAGACGACUUUGGAGAGAUUAUGUGACCGGAAGCCCGAGCCAGUGCAGUAUUGGUUAUGUGACCUAGUUGGUUCCUGCGAGAACGAGUGUAUGACGACGUUGCAAAGCAAGCCGUUAGGCGCAGAAAUGAAAGCACUAGUCUCGGCCAGUUCAGCAACAAUUACGGGGAACAUCAAAAAAGUCCAAACUCACGGUCAGAUUAUAGUCCACCAGUACAGUGACGUCUUGAGGCAAAUGGAGUUGAAGCAAAUCAGCGAAGAACAGAUAUGUUUAUUAGUGGCAAAUAUCAAUGAAUUCGUCCUGGCACACAGUAUAACCUUAAACACGAAGCCUCCAGGCGAAACGCCAGAGAGAUGGGACAAAAUCAAAAUGUCCUUGCAACUGUAUUUGCAGAAGUUAAUAGAUAUAGGUGAGGACGUGAAGAUUGAGUUGAACGAGUCCUGUCCCGAGUGGAACCUGGUCGAGAAACAUAUAGAUACGUUGAUCGGUAUCUUCUUGGAAACAACAAAGGCUGUUCUUGUUCAGCAGAUGAAGACACUGGUUUCAAUAAUCGAAGAACCACCGUCGGACAUGAUUUUGAAAAGUACACUUACUUCAAUCGGCCACUUGGCUAUGCUAAGUGGUAAUACCGAGGGAAAUCUUCACGACAAGUGCACGAAGAUCAUCAAGAGUAUCACCGACCUGCCAUUCGUGGACUGCGGGGUGCCCCGGGCGCUUUUAACAGCUAUUAUUGAGUCAAAUAAAAGUUCUGUUAAAGCUCUGUCUUUGAGGGCGUUAGCUACUGUUUGUAUUACCGGUGAAGCUAUCAAACAGUUUGAAGAGGGCGGUGGUAUAGAAAUCUUGUCGGAUAUACUGUCAGAUGAAUCGAACCCGGAGCCGCAAAUGCGUGAGGCGAUCACUGUUCUGACUCAAAUCACUGCGCCAUGGUUGAGGGGUCACCACGACUUAACACAGCUACAUGUAUAUUUGAACACGAUCGUGAAUAAUAUUACUGGCCUGCUCUUCCGAACCGAGUGUUGCCAGCUUCUGUUACUAUGUACAGCUUGUCUCGUGAACUUAGUCCGCGAACUGGAGUUGGAAAAGGAGGAAUCUAGCAACUCUGACAUCAUAGAAGUGCUGACACGUCACCGUACCGUUGAGCGUCUCCUUGAUGCUAUUAAACGUCGUGGACCGAAUAUUUCUGUGUUCUUACAGGAACAAACAGCAUCGCUCCUUUCAUCACUAUCCCGAGUGAACCGAAUGAUCCUUCACUUGUCGUGUAUUCCGUCAGCCAGUGUAGCACUCGUGUGUUUCGUCCGAGCUGCGCCCGCGCAUGCUCCAAGGGCUGCAGAGAUGCGCGCGCAGCAUCGACUGCAUUGCCAUGCUGCUGAAGCUAUAUCCAGACUUACCGUCGUCUCUGAAGUGGCCCAACAAAUAGUUCAACUAGAGGGCGUUCCACAUCUCACCCGUUUAGUUAGGAUGCAGAGAACGCGCCCUCACGUCGAUACAAACCCGGACCAGACGUUGAUUCAUUGUUUAAAGGCUUUAAGAACGAUAUACAAACAUCAACCGGAUGCUUUUAAAGACUACCAGAAGGACGUGGAUGAUAUGAUUCGGCCACAUUUGAUGGAAUCUCUGAUGCUCUUCUCGGCAAAGCAAGAGAGUUAUGUUUGAUUAUAGCGCCAUCUGUCGGUGAGCACUUUAGUCUUGGUUAAGAAAUUGUGCGUUCAUUUUUACCUCGUCGUACUUAAGAAAAAAAAUACCAGCAUAUCUUAAAAACCAAAUGCUUAAUAGGCUGUUUACCUACUAGCCUAAAUCAGAAUCAGAAUUGUGUCUGUCCCAUACUAAACGUUAAAGUGAUGUUUUAUUGAGAAAAGCGCCAUCUAUUAACGAUACUAUGAAAUUUUAAAAACCUAUUUUUGAACCAAUUAUUUUCAAUAUCGGGCUUAUAUAUAGCCAAAACAUUCCAUACAAUGUAAAUAUUGUGUAAAAUUCUCUUAUUUAUGGACUAUCUUACUGUAUCCAGAGGCCAUACUAAUAUAUUUGCUAGUCGUAGUUUUCAGUCUUAAAUCUACUUACAUUUGUAUUAAUUACCAAAAUAUUUAGUAUUUUUUGUCUAAUUGUUUAAAUCAAGUGGAGGAUAUGUAAUUCUUACACCUUUAUAAACCAUAUUUAAUUGUCAUUCAUAGAAUUUCCAACCAGUAGUAGUUUUUGAGUUCUAUAAGCUCCUCCAAUACCAACAUAUUGGAACCAAUAUUUUUUCAGCCCAUAUCUUAAUAAAUUCUUUGGGCGAUAUAUUUUUUAAACAUUUACGUGAUUUUGUAAUCAUCAAGUAUUUUGUCACCACCUUUUAGAUUUAAGUCGUAUAUAUACGUAAUAUAAAAUGCGUAAAUAAAUUUGUUUUGUAUAAAAUAAAGUAUAUUAUUCAGUCA